AAGUUGGCUAAACAGUUUAGGGAGCUUAUAACCCUGUAUAUGUGAAAGUAAAGUUGCUUCAUCUUUAAAAAAUUAUGUAAACUAUACAUUAUAAAAGUAAAUGAAUUGCUCGUUUUUAUUUCUACUAUUUUAGUAUAAAUAUACUGUCUGUUAUACAGGCCGCACCCCCUUCUCCCCCCUCUGUUUCCACGGCAACCCUGUCAGGGUGGAGGAGAGCGCGAAUCACGUGAGGCUCGAGCAUCUCUCUCUCUCUCUCCGUCUCUCUCUUCAGACUGACCGAGGCUGAGUCUGAGGGAGCUCGUGCAUCGCGGCAGAGCCGUCCUUCACUCACUCGUCCUUCUCUUCUAAAGCAGGCGUUCAUGUCAAAAUGGGAUGUGGAAAUUCCUCCGCCACCAGCACCACAGCAGGAGGUCCAGCAGAAGCUGCCAAGGAUGUGAUUUCUCAGCUGGCUCUUUCUCAGAUUAAAACUGCUUCUGAAUGUGAAACGCUCAUAUGUGAGGAGAGAGGACACCGACAAAGACAGAAGAACCUUCACCGGAUGAUGAGAAACGAAGGAACUACGGAGGAGUGUAUGUGGGUCUUCCUGCUGAUCUGACCACAGUAGCUGCCAGCCAAUCAAAAUCCACACGUAAAGACUGAAAGCAGAUCACAAGAAACAACAACACAAAGAACCCAAGCUCCGCAGUCGCCGAUUCACAACGGAUAUUCAGACGAUAUUCGAGGAUUGAAGACAAAUCUAGAACGGGUCGGCACUUCGGAAUGACAUCACCGUGACAUCAUAGCGGCUUGGCGUACAGAAAGGUUCUGUUCGGAACACUGAGCAUUAUUGUGACUGUGAAUGUAGACUCUGUUGCCAUGGUGACCGUCGACCCCCCUGACCUCUUUCCGUAAGCCAGGGGGACAUCCUGGUAUUUCGGAGACACCGUGGCAGGGCAUUUCCUGAGUCUGGAGACCCAUCAGACCCGAUCAACUGCAAUAAUUGACUCUACUGAACUUUCAAGAUCUGAAAAAGGAUGAUAUUUUACAUACAGUCCAGCAUUACAGUAUGUAAGCACGCAAAAAUAUGAUGUUUAGCACUAACAUGACUAGAGCUGUUGACAUGACUACUAAUUAAUAUAUAGCCUGUAGUUUUCUUAUACACUUUGAUAGUCACCUCAAUAUUACGGUUCACAUAUUAAUAGCAUUUACUAACGGAAGAGUUCUAUUUAUUCUAUUUCAGGUUAUUGACCUGCGAUUGUACCAUUAACAUUUUUGUGACUAAUGUGAAUUCUGUAUAUGACAUUAAAUAUAUGAGAUUUUAAGAAAUGGAGUUGGUGUCUGCUUUUGUGUAUUUGUAUCUACGUUUCUUAAUAAUAAAGGUGCCAAAAUGAACCAAAAA